AUGGCCUAUGGAAGUUCAGGCGAUUACGAAUGGGAAGAAGUCGAGGAGGAGGACUGGGAAGUCAUUUGUGUGGAUGACGAGGAGCAAAAGACGGGAGUGCCGAGGACUGGCAUUGAAUUCACAUUGGAAGCGGAUGAGCCCCAGCGCCGCACCAAGCGCACCAUCACCAAGCGGGAGCGCGAGGCGGCCGCUGCCGUACACCGCAGUCACGUGCUGUGCCUCCUAGCCCGGGCCCUCCUCCUGGACUGGGCAGCGGCUCAGCCGGAAGUGCAGGCCACGGCACUGUCGCUGCUGCCCCCCGGCUCGGCGCUCCGGAACCAGUCCUCGGAGGAGCCCCAGCGGGCCAUCAACGGCAUGUUGCCCCUGGUCACCUGGUUCCGGAGCACAUUUGCAGUACUGCCACCGGACCUGGUAGGGCCCCGUACGGGACAAGGAACAGGGCGCCGCUGGAGGCCAGAGGACGAGCUGGACGAGCAGUUGCUCCGUACAGCUCGCGCCGCGGCGGGCACUGUGGAGUGUCUGGUGGCCCUGUUCGCGGCGCUGGUGCGGGCCCAGGGGGGCAGCGCGAGAGUUGUACGACUGCUGGACGUCGUGCCGCUGGCGCCGUGGAGGGCGCGGCCGAAGACGGUACGAACAGUGGUCGCAACGGCAGGUGUGCCGCCGCCGCCGCCAUCUGGCACUGGCGGUGGCGGUGGCGGUGGCGGUGGGUCCCGUCGUGCUUUGGAUCUGGAGGCGGGGGAUGAGCUGCCGCCGCCGCCGCCGCCACCGCCACCGCCGCCGGUAUCACGGCCGGGUCAGGGCAAUGCUGCUGCCGCCGCCGGGGGUGCAAGUGGCGGCGCUAAGGGCCGGAAGGGCCGUCGGCUGGAGGACGUGCUGGCGGAUAGGGGUUAUGGGGGCGGGAGGGGCAAGAAGCGGAGGGUGGAGGGGGAAGCAGGAGAAGGAGGCGCAGGUGGGGGUGGUGGUGGGGGGGUGAGCAGGAGUAAAUCCACGCAGGUGGCUGUGGGGAGGGGGCCGGCGGAGGGGACCGCGAAGGCGAGGGGGGGAAAGCGGCAGAAAGAGGAAAGCAAGGGCGGCGGCGGCGGCAGUGUGCCUGCGGCGGAGGGAGUAUGCUGUCCGGGACAAGAUGCGGCGACAGCGGCGGGAGAUGACGGCUGCAGAUCCCGGCCCAGCAAUAAGGGUGACGAGGAGUUCGAGCUGCAGCUGCAAAUGGCCCUGCUAGCCACAGGCAGAGAGGCGGAGGUGAGGAGGCGGAAGGGACAGGAGGGGGGACCUGCGGCGGACGGCAAUGGCAACGGCGGGGGCGCUGUGCGAUCUCAAUCCCGCGGAGGAGCAGAAGCAGGAGGAGGAGGAGGAGGAGGAGGUGAUGGACCCGGUGGCAAGGCGGUGGUGGCAAAUGGAUCUGGAUCUGGAUCUGGCGCGCCAGCUGGCACCGCCAUGAGUGUACGACCGGAGGUUGUUGUCAGUUGUUGGGCUGAGGUGUACUGCGGCAGUGCCGACAAAGGACGUUGGAUCCCGGUGGAUGUGGUCAACGGCUACGUGGACAGACCGGAGCUUAUCGACACCGCCACUCAGCGCCCCACCCCGGUAUGCUACGUGGUGGCGGCCGAGCUGGGAGCCCUGGUGGACGUCACCCCCCGCUACUGCCACAACCUGCUGGCGGCGAAACGGAACCGGGAUGAAGCCUGGUGGACCGCUACUGCCGAUAUCGUACAGCGGCAGCCGGGGAGCGCGGGCGGUGGCAACCGCGGCUGUGUUGGUGGCGGCGGCGGCGGCGGCGGUGUUGGGGACCUGCGUGCGGCUCGCGAGGCGGCGGAGCUGCACCAGCGGGGGCUGAGUCAGCUCCAGGGACUGCCCACGUCCAUUGAGGGGUUCAAGAGCCACCCCUUGUACGUACUGAAACGACAUAUUGGGAAGUACGAGUCCCUCCGCCCCGGUACGGCACCCCUGGGGCUACACCGGGGGGAGCCGUACUACCCGCGUAACCAGCUGAGUGUACUGCACACCGUGGAGAGGUGGCGGAGGGAGGGCCGGCAGGUGGCAGCCCAGGUACGGGACUCCGAGUUGCGCAGCCCGGCCAAGGUCGUCAAAAAGCGACUGAUGGGGGGAACAGCGGCGGCGGCGGUGGCGGCAGGGCCGACGGGAGCUGCACGUCGUACGGCAUCUACGCGCGCCGGCGGCAAGGGACUCAACGGAGGCAAUGACGAGGGGGAGGAGGAUGGGGAUGAGGACGUGUUGAUGUUGGAGGCGGCCGGAGAGGGCUCAGCGGCCGCCGGUGCCGCAGACGGUGGCGGCCCAACCAUUAACUUGUACGGCAGGUGGCAAACCGACCCGUGGGUCCCGCCUGUCGCCGAAGGCGGCAUCGUACCCAAGAACGAACGUGGCAAUGUGGAGUGCCCGCCCCUGGUUCCGGAGCUGCCACGUGGCACCGUACACAUCACCCUUGGACCCGGGCUAGGCGCAUUAUGCCGUACAUUGGGAUUAGAUUUUGCGCCGGGACUGGUGGGGUUUGAGGUCCAGGGGGGGCGCAUGGUGCCAAGAUUGGACGGCGUGGUGGUGUGUGAGGAGGUUUCGGAGCUCGUCGUGGCGGCGUACUUGGAGCGGGAAACGGCGAGGGCGGCGGCGGCGGCGGCGAAGCUGCGGCGUGUGGCGGUGGCGGCGUGGCGGCGGUUGCUCGGGGCUCUGAGGGUGCGAUUGCAGUUGGAGCGGGAUUAUGGUGACGGGGACGGUGCCGGUGCUUUUGGAGCAGGUGCCGGGGCGACGACCGGAGCAGCUCAGAUCCAGAUCCAGCAGCAGCAGCAGCAGCAGCAGCUGCUUUCCGGUGCGGCUGCUGCGGGCGGGUGGGAGCUGGAGGAGGCCUUGGGUCCUGAUACGCGUGCGGAUGUGGAGGCUGUGUGUGAGGGGGAGGGGGAGGGGUAUAGUGGUGCCGCUGCUGCUGCGGGGCCGGGUCGUAUACCUGGUCGGUGGGGCCACAACCCCGUUCUCUUCAUGGGAGCUGGCCAGCUGGCUCCCCCCGCCCUAGCAGCUGAAGCGGUGUCGAGCCGUGGUGGUGCUGAUGGUGGUGACGUGGACUUCCUCCGUGGCGGUUCCGGCACCUCCUCCAAGCUGUCGGACCUGACCUCCUGGCUCACGGAUAAGCUGCGGCCUCCGGAGCCGGAGCCCGUACGAGUGGGCAGUAUGGAGGGCACCAACAACCGGAGCAACAUCGUGCAGGGAGUCAAGGAUGCGGCCUCUGCCGCCGCCAACAGGGCAGCUGAUGCUGCCAGCAAGGCGGCGGAAGCCGCUAAUCGCGCAGCGGAACGUAGCGGCCUAACGGCCUCCCCCAGCCGCCCUAUCGACGUCCCCACCAACUCCGAGCUGCUAUCCGCCGUAGCUAAGCCCAGCCCAGCCCCAGGCAAGGGCCCUGUGGAGGAGGCGGCGCGGGCUGAGGCCCGGUCCGAGUCUUCGGAGCCGGCGCUGCGGGCCGAGGCUGUGGCGGCGGGUCGGCCUGAGCCAGCGGUGGAAGGAGGCAAGGCCAACUGUAGCGCCCCCUAG